AUGUCUAUAAAUUAUAAGGAUCAUAUGUUAGCAUUUAAAAAUGGAGCUUUAAAUGAUUAUCAGUCAGAUGCAAAUGAGGGUUCGCCUUCUAGCUCUCCACAAGUGUCACAACCAGUAACGCCCGCACAAGUGACUCCAGUCUUUGCAACUUUAGUAGAUGGGUUGAAGGUCAGCAAUGUUCCCCCACAAAAUCAUGGAACACCUCUAAAUUAUGAGGAAUACAGAGAGUUCUUUCACACUCGGUUGCCUGCCUGGAAAGUGGAGUCCAGCUGCCACCUACGCCAGAGCUUUGGGUGUAUCAACCCUGAAAUCAAACAUCUGGAUGAGUUAGAGAACCAUGGCUCUGUACCUGCUGGUCCUGUGUGUGCAGAACUCCACACUACCACACCAUUUCCAUCCUUUUGUCAUUUUGCCAAGUUUCGCUGCUCUACUCGCAAGUAUUAUCUCAAGCGAGUUUGGUGUACCCAACCUGUAAAGGACACUGUCGCAUAUUCUAACAUAGAACCUAUUGGAAAGUCAGGUGUGGCCUUUACAGAUUUAUCUGCCACUCAGACCACCGAGCCCACUGGCCCUUUUGUACCAUCCUCUGAGCCUGCAACAACAACUGUAGGUGCUAAGGAGGGCCUAGCCACCAGAAACAGACGAUCUGUUAAAGACUUUAAGUUGAGAGAUCAGAAGCCUCUUCAUGGGAGCAAUCAGAACAGUACCAACCUCCCUAAAACCAAAUCCAUCUCCAGGUCUGUGGAAAACAAACAGCAGUGGAUAAAUAAGAUUAGAAGUGAUAUUGCUUCCUCGCUAAAUUCCAAACUGACUACGCCCAAGGCAGAUAGAAAAAGCUCAGAGACUACAAGUCCAUUGCGCAAGAUCAUUAACAAACUAAAUUCCAAACUGACUACGCACAAGGCAGAUAGAAAGAGCCCAGAGAGUACCAGUCCAAUGCGCAAGAUCAUUAACAAACUAAAUUCCAAACUGACUACGCACAAAGCAGAUAGAAAGAGCCCAGAGAGCACAAGUCCAAUGCGCAAGAUCAUUAACAAACUAAAUUCCAAACUGACUACGCACAAGGCAGAUAGAAAGAGCCCAGAGAGCACAAGUCCAAUGCGCAAGAUCAUUAACAAACUAAAAGCAAUUGCAGGGAAAAAAGGCAAAGGUCCAACCACAUAUGCUGCAGCCCCAAGAACUAAGACCAGUGUCUAUGGGGAAGAAUCUACGUAUGUUGCAGAAUCAGUCCACUGACUGCAAUCUAAUUGCUUGGAGAAGGCU